AUGUCAGAGAAUAACGACACCAUGCCGCCCGCCACACUCAAAUCAAUGAUGAAAAAUGUCAUGGUGAACAGUGACUUUCAUAGCCGCCCUCACGAAUUUAUGCCAGAAGGGAGACUUGACCAACAGAUCAUCACAGAGACUUCUAUCCUAUGGACUUUAUAUAAGUACCCCGAGAGGCCAACUGGAGCUAUUCCAGAUCCAGUGGACAAAGCCAUGCGUUUCAUCUUGGAUGAUGCCAAAAAGAUCUUCGCCAUUUUUGUUCAUAUAAAGAUCUCAGGCACUAAGCUGUAUGCGCUUAUGGUGUUUCUAAUGGAGAACAAAAUCGACGAUACCUCGCUUCCCUUUAAAGAAAAACACCUCAGGUUCCUUCCUACUUCACAGCCUGAGAAGGACACGAAGUUGAUGUGGCCAAACCACGAGGAAAUAAAAUGGACCGAGGACGACGAUAGCGAUUUCAUUGAGCAUCAGUGGAAAUUUUGCGCGGCAGUCUUUUCUGCCAACGUAAUCAACCACGACAUUGAAUCGGAUGCCAUCUUGCCAUUUACCAAGAAGUAUGCUGCUUCCGCCGAUGAGGGAGCUUUCGGACAAGUCAUGAAAUACGAGAUCUAUGACUCUCAUCUUGACAAGAGCGGGCUGGACGAAAGCGACAGCUCGAAGUUGGGCACGCUGAAGAUUGGCGAUUGGGGCCUAGCAAAGAAGCAUCAGGAUAUUACGCAACUUCGUACUGUCCAGACGUCAACUGGAUUUGGUACCCGCCGCUAUGAACCCCCAGAAGAGAGCACUGUGGUUGGUAACGGCCUAGUCGUCAGGAACGAUAGAGGCAAGAUUUUCAGGAAGCGAUCGCGCCUCUAUGACGUGUGGGCUAUGGGAUGCAUUUGGUUGGAGUUUCUCAUCUGGCUGAUGUAUGGUUUCGAAGGACUGCGGCGAUUCAACACAAGUCUCAACUCCCAGAAUUCCGACGCUCCCUCCUAUUACGAAGUCGAUAAAUCCGGCGUAGCCAAGGUUCACCAUGUCGCCUUACAAUGGAUGAAACACAUGGCCAAGGAUCCAGUUUGCAAAGUCGGGCAAACUGCUCUAGGUAAUCUGCUUGAGCUUGUUAGAGAUCGGCUGCUGGUCGUUGGGCUACCCAAAAACUUUGGAACAACUACUGACAUGUCGAAAACACCUCGAGCGCGCAGUCUUAGGUCUUUAACGACUGACACUAUCACUGAUGACUCACCAUCGAGAGGUACUAAUCCAUUGAUGGCCAUACCAGAGAUCAAUGUGGAGGGGUUUGAACCUACCGAGAGAUCGGCACCAGACAGCACAGCUAUAUCUCUUACUGUUUCUCCUCCGGAGCCAGGUCCAAUAGAGCCACUUCAUUCGGACAAGGACUGCCGUGUCCGAGCUGAUGAACUCUACAACCGAAUGGUGGAAAUUACGCCGGACGUGAAUACAACUGAUUUCUGGCUUUCAGGUACCCCUCUGCCCUUUCCAGGAUCUCCUACUGAAGUCACCGGAAGUCAGCCUACAAGCAUUCCACAGACAGGCUUAUCAGCUGGUCAAGGCCUGAACAUGGCUCCUACAGAAAGAACGGAUUAUGGUAAAACUCUGGACGACAAUUGGAAUGUACUCAUCGACAACGAAUUUGCGGAUACCGUCAUUACUUCUGCCAAGACCAAGAGUAUCAACACCCCACAAGUUCCCGAGGCUUCGAAUCUCUGUGGCAACUGUCUCGAGUUCCGAGAUACGCUUUGGGAACCAGCUUUCAGUAUCGUAUACAACUCAGACACCUUGCAGUCCAAUUCGGCUGCUGGUAUCUGCGAUCUUUGCGGCCUACUGUGGUUAUUGUGCCAGAAAAAGGACAUUGCUUCGAAUUCCCGCGUCCGCUUUGAGAGGAAUGGAUCAACUGUUCUCUUGAACACUUAUACCCCCGUUGCGUCGAUAUUCCGAAGCUCUAAGCCUACUUGGGGUAGCUCAACUAGUCUGGGAGAGACGAAGAGGCUACCAACAAGAGUCAUUGCCGUGAAUGGCAUCGGCGACGGCCAGGUCCAUCUCCUCAAAACCACACCAACUCACAAUGGCAGAUGGGUUGCACUAUCCCAUCAAUGGGGAUCAGGCGAGCAAUUUCGCACGCUCACAACCAACCUCCAAGAACAUAUUGCAGGUAUCGAGCUGGCCAACCUCCCGCGUACUUUCAGAGAUGCGGUUAUUUUGACUCGCGCCAUCGGUUGCCAGUAUCUUUGGAUCGACUCCAUUUGCAUUAUCCAAGGACCUGACGGCGACUUCCAGCAAGAGGCCAAACGAAUGGAACGGGUCUACAGCGGUGCUUAUUGCGUACUGGCAGCAAGCCGGCGUCCUGGUCACGAUGCUGGAUUUCUUCAGGAUCGAAAUGGAGGUCGUGGCAUAAGUCUUCGAGCAAAGAAAGACUCUGGGCCAUUUCUCAUCCGCGAGAUUAUUGAUAACUUCCAGAACCAUGUUUUGGAUGGACCUUUGAGCGGCAGAGGCUGGGUAUUGCAGGAACACGCACUUGCUCGUCGCACUAUUUAUUACACUGAUUACCAGUGUUAUUUCGAGUGCGGCGACGGUGUACGCUGUGAAACUAUGACGAAGAUGACAAACCAACGUGCGGCAUUUCUGGCCGAUCCCAACUUCCCUCGUCUUAUGAUGAAAGCGGACAAGGGGGCCAAAAUUCUUGGCUACCAAGAUCUUUACAGAAGGUAUUCCAAGCUAGGUCUGACCCGCGAUACCGACAGACCAUGGGCUAUCAACGGCUUGCAAGAGCGCAUCAUCGCUGCACUUCAAGUUCAAGGUGGCUUUGGCGUCUUCUUCGAGGACAGCGACACUGGUCGCCGACGUGGUCUACUUCGACGAAGCUUACUUUGGCGCCGUGCUGAUGAGACAAAGGAACUAUCCAGGAUCCAAUUCUGUCCUAGUCCUAGCGACACCAGAGUUCCGUCGUGGUCAUGGAUGGCGUAUACUGGAAGUAUAGAGUAUAUCUCUGCUGAAUUUGGUGGUACGGAGUGGGAGACCGUACAGACUCAAUGGGAUUCUGAUUCGAACAAGACGGAUGACAGUGUUUUAAUUGCUGAAGCAUUUGACUACACUAUUAGCGAUGAGAAUUCCACUGCCAGCGAUAACGACUCCACACUCACAUUUGAUUCGUCGUCGGGUUUGAGUGAAGGAGUGACUAAAUGCGUGGUACUUGGGAAGCAGAAGGGGACUCAGCAGGACCAAGAAAAGAUUCAUUAUGUGCUCUUAGUCCGAACCAAACCAAACUUGGGCCAAGCUAUUUAUGAGCGAAUCGGCGCUGGGAGACUGCGAGGGAAAUGGAUAGGUGAGAAUGGAGAGAAGGUCCGUAUCUGGUGA